UUGAGGUACCUCAGAGAAAACAGAAACAACAUUAAGCUAGCAAGAGUUCGCAAGGUCGCUCGUGUGGAUAGUCACAGAUAAAUAAGGAAUUAGUUCGGACCUUGACCUAGUUUUAAAAAGCUGAGAGUUCCUGGUGUUCUGACAGCCAUUUACAAGCCAAACAGAAGAUAAGCGUCGUUGCACUCAGAUUCUGAAUGUCUAAACUACCAGGAAAUACAGGUGUAUCGCUGCUCGGGGACAAGUCCCUGGACCCGGUGAGCUUCUGCCAGCAGAGGAUCGAAAAACACCGGAGCAGAAUGUUUCUGUGCCGCCUAAUGAACAGACCGACAUCCUUUAUCUGCUCCGUGCAAGGGAUGAGAGAGCUGCUGUGUGGUACAGUGUUUAAACACUUGCUCUUAUACGACACAUAGUUCGACUUUGCUUCCACAGUCAAAGGGAUAUAUGGAAAGAAAUUCCCUCGGGUAGGCCAUGGGAGAGACUCGGGAUAGUAUUGGGGGAAAAUAUUAUUAUUAUAGAAGUAUAAUUGUUUUUACCUUUACAAAUGAUUUAAAUAUUUGCACUUCAAUAAAUUACUCAUAUUAUAUUGCACACUUUAAAUGAGGAUAGGGCCUAUUCGGUGACCAAAAUAUACCGAGAGAGAGAGGAAAUAGAUUUUUUUUAAAGUGUUAAUGUUAACACACUGUAUUUAUUUGUGAUUUUGAUUUUUUAAUACAUGACUUACUGGAGAUUAAAGGUUUAUAAUUUAAAUUUUAAAGCACAUGCUAGCGGUAGGAAUUUGUGUAAACAAAUUUAGUCCCCUAAAUACAAAUAUCUCCAACCUUAAUUUAAUCGUUUCUUCCUCUCUUCACAUUUAAACAGUUUAAAUAUCCCAUGGCAUGAUUUAUUCAACUUAUGCAUCGUGAUGUGAUGAUAUUUUUGUUAUGCUGUAAAAUAGGAAUGAGAUCACAGAUGCACUCAUGAGGAAAAGCAGAGAUUUUCCAUGCAUGUCCCGCUUUGUGUUUAGUACAAAUGAACCAAAGUGUGACGUGGACGUUUGAUUGAAGAGUAUGCAGUGAUGUUAUGUGAUGUGUUUCAGAGAAGACCAGUUUGUUUCUUAAGGAUCCAACUGACUUGAUGACAAACAUGUAUGGUGACACCAUUGUUACUACUAAUGGUAAACACUCACACACAUACAAGAUGGCCCACACUUAAAGUACAGUCUGAGUAUCAGUUUUCCCUUCCCUACUCCACAUGUUUCAAAUACAAGCAAAAAACUUUGCAAAUAGUGACUUGCAUUGGUAUAUUUUAGGUGAGGAGGCAUGCCUUCUCCGCCUGUCACUUACCACCCUCUUUACAGGAAGCUGUUUGGGAUCGUGGAGUGAUUAUAUCACAAGUGUAUGUGAGCGCUGUCUGAAGGACCUCUCUGUCAGUGGUCAGCCAGAGAGUGUGUACUCUGUUUUAAGUCUCUGGGGACAGAGCUGGUGUUGGGCCUUUUUCUGAACGUACGAGCUGAGGAGCAACCUGAACUUUUCCAGGAAAUCAGUCAGCUAUGCACCCAGCACUGGCAUGGCCUGAUCUCUGCUCCAGUAAAUGUGAAGGUUCCUAUGUGGUCGUCGGGUUUCUCCAUUGCCCUGGAUGCCAGGAACAAACUGAUGGACAUCAUCAAAGAUAAACUGGAGAAUGACAAAGAGGGUUUUGUUGGCUCUCUCGGUUCUUUGCCGCUGCCUGACUCAAGUUCUGCAGCCCAGCACCUGCUGUUGUUCAUUUCAGCGCUGAUCCCGAAAGCCCUGGCGUCUCUGCUCACCUCCUUCACAUUGGCACUGGGUGGGAAUGAACAGGAAGAAGCCCGUCGUCAAGCAACAGAAGACCCUGAUUACCUGCGCCGGGUGCUGCUGGAGGUGCGGAGGCUAUGGCCUCCUUUCAUUGGUGGACGCAGAAUAGCUGAUCAGGACUCCACGCUCAUGGGGCUUCAUGUUCCUAAAGAUUUUGGUGUGAUUUAUAUCAGCCAUGCUGUCCAUCGCGACCCGGAGGUGUUUCAGGAGCCUGAUGCCUUCCUGCCAGAGAGAUGGAGCGGAAGGAACGAAGGCCAUGAGCACUUCCUGUGUUCCUUUGGCAACGGGCAACAAUAACUGAACACUUAAAUCACACACUCCCUGCAUCGGAGCUAAGCUUACCAACGUCUUUCUGAAGGAAGCGUGCGUGUACCUGUUAAACAACUUUGACUGGUGUUUGGACCCUCCAGUGCAGAACCUCGAGUACAAAUGGCUGCCCGUGUCUCGCCCUGCCAACCCCCCCACCGUCACCUUUACCCAGCGGGAUCACACCCUAUCUGGCAGAAGUGACACCAGCUAGGGAUGCACAGUAUGUUCCAUGAUGCACCUAAAAACUCUGACUAAUAGUCAAACAUGCCUGUGCAGAAAACGCUGGAGAAUAUCUUAAGACACGCCGAGGGAAGCCAGCAAACUGUGAGGCUUUCCCCCUCCCUGCUGUAUAUAAUACAGUAAUCAUCCCGGGGAAAGCCGGAUAGAGUGCUGGUUUCACUCUGUCUGUUCCUCUGCCAGAUAUUCUGCAGCUUUCCUUGAUGACUGCAAUGGGAGACGAGAUAAAUGAGUCAUUCUUCAGUUGUUGACACUGAAACUGCUAAACGGAUGUUUGUGUUCUGCCUUUUUUUAAUGAGUAAUUUGCAACAUUUUAAAAACAUUGACCAGAUUUUUGACGAGGAAAUCUUUAUAUGAACACUGCCUCUUGCUUAAUAUUCCCUUGCUCAUUUCUGUGUUUGUAUAUAUGAGAGCAGAACGUGAAAAAGCUCAACAACAAAAAAAAACUUGAGGAAGAAAUGGCAUUUUCGCUUGCUGCAGUGUUGAUAUUCUGACUAUUACAUCCAGCGGGGACACGUGCACAGAUGAAAAUCGAGGUAAACCCUCAGAUUCCAUCACUGACUGCAAACCUGUAUCCCCCACCACCACCACCUAGCAACCACCAGUGCUUAGCAACAGUUCGUCAUACCGACUUGCCUCCUUUUAGUAUGCAAGUCUCACACGCGCACACAUACACACACUAACCUGGUUAUUUUUGAAAGCGUUCACUUGGCACGCCAUCUGAAUUCCAUGUAAAUGACGCCAGAAGGCAAUUCAGAGCACGCGUCUGAAUUUUAAGCACCAUGAAUGAUUUGAGUCAUAAAUGGAAACGAUUCUGUGCCUCCUACAUUUAUAAGAAUCAGUUUAAUGUCAUAUUUAUUAAUGUGCAGCUGAAGUACACAUGCAUCAUAUUGUGCUGUAUCACUUAGAUGUCUUGUGUUUUGCCUUUAGUAGUGUUUUUAUGGUAUCGUAAGGUUUGACAUAGGAUUCAUGCAAUGUUCUGAAUAUCUAAAUGUUAUCUUAAAUUUUAAAAUUUAAUUCUUGCAGUAUUUUUAUGCAUUACAUUAAUAAUUAUUAGUAAUUUAUUUUUCUGACCUCAAGAUUUUAGGUUUUACCGUGCAGUGAUUUUCCACAGGAUGGUUAUAAGAGGUCAUCAAGCAAAGAAAGGUGGGAGGGAAAAGACUGUUUACAGGCCAUUAUUUUAAAAGCAUUUUGAAGUGUAUUAAAAAUAAAUACAGAUACAUACAGUUACAGUUCAAAUGUCCCAAUUUAAAAACAAAUAUAAAUGUACAAAGUUAUUAAUGCUGUAAUUUAUGAAGUGUUGGAGGUGCUGCAAGAGCACUCUUUUUUCAGUUUUUUUUUUUUUUGUUCCAAUAAAGAUUUGUCAGUCAAGUAACACCUAAGCUGUCUAACAUGUAUAAUGUAAGCUGUGCUGUCUGCAUAUUCAGCUAAAAGCACAUGUCUCGCAAAGAUGUUCUUGUCCUGUGGGAGCUGCUCAACAAACCUACUGUUCUCUUUGCUGCGCUCCUCUCUCUCUCUCACGCACUCGGCUAAGCUGCCGCCAUGCACGUUGCUCGUCUCUGUGUUUUUCACUGUUUCUCUCUAACGCGCACACUUGCAGACAUACAUCACACAGGAUCUGGCAGAAAAUGAGGUUCUUGUGAGCAGACUGGUAUGACUCACUCUUCUGCCUGCACUUGUCCAUUAGCUGACGCUCCUACUCACAGUUUAUGACAGGCAAAAGCGACUUAGAGUGUAUCCUCUUAUGCAUAAGGACAUAUGGCUCUGUUUUAUUUAUUGAAGCUUUUUUUUCUCGUCAUUUAACCGUCCGCUUUCUUCUUCUAGUUUAAAACACUAGCAAGACACUGGCAGACUAAAGUGUUCGAGUGAGCUGGGUGAAAUGCUCCCUGUUUAAGUUCAGCAGUUUAUUUUUCAGAGUAUCUCAUUUGGUGUAAAGAUUCUUUCACUGGCUUAUUUUAAAUUUACGUCAUUAUGGUAGAAAAUAUACUUAGAGAGAUUUGUCAUUUUCUUGAUAUUUCAUUCUGUACAGAAACAAAAGUUCAUAGCCUGAAAAAUAAAUUGGUGAAAUUCUCACGUCA